AUGGCGUGGGAUGAAACCUCCAUUCCCAACCUCACCGGCAAAGUGAUACUAGUAACUGGAGGAAACUCUGGAAUUGGCUUCGAAACAGUUAAACAGCUUGUGUUGCAUGGCGCCAAAGUAUAUAUAGGCGCAAGAUCUGAAUCUCGAGCGAAACAAGCGAUUAGCGAUAUCCUUUCUGAGAAUCCAUCUAUCCCAAAGGAGCUCCUGGAGUGGCUGCCGCUGGAUCUAUCAUCGCUACCUAAUGUCAUCAAAGCUGCAAACCUAUUCUCGACUACCGAAACAAGACUUGAUAUCUUAAUCAACAAUGCAGGCAUUUCAUCGGACGAAUACGUCACCACAAAAGAAGGAUUUGAACAGUCGCUUGGGGCUACGGCAGACGUGCCAGGCUCCGACGUUCGGAUAGUCAAUGUGAGCUCUUUGGCGGAGAAAUUUGCGUCCAGCAGCAACAACUUUACCACUGUGAAGGAUUUUAGUGAUCCUGGAGCUACCAAUCCUAACGACUACACGUCUCGCAAAGCAGUCUUUAAACGUUAUGGCAUCAGCAAAUUGGCUAAUAUCCUCUUUACAAAAGAACUUCAGAACCAACUAACGCAACAAAAUUCCAGGAUCAUAGCUAUCACGCUUGACCCUGGGCCCGUUGCAACCGAUGGCGGUAUGGGAGUAUUCCCAGGUCUGUUAAAGCCAGUUUUGAAACUGGUAAUGAAAAGCCCUGCCAAAGGUGCAUUGACGCAACUUUUUUGUGCGACUGCGCCCGAAGUUGCAAGAGAAGCCGCUCGAUAUAGGGGGCAGUUCUUGAAUGGGCCUGGGAAGAUUGCCCAGAGUUCAGAAAGGUCGCGCAACAAAGAGCUGGCUCAGUCACUCUGGAAAAUUUCAGAAGAAGUAUUAAAGGGAGUCGACCAAUAA